AUAUAUAAAACCAAAACCGGAAAACCCUUUUUCUAUUUUCCUCUUGCUCUCUCCUUUUCAUAGAAACGGAUAAAAAAUAAAUUCUCUAGAGCUCUCAAUCGCGUCAGUCUGAAGCUAAAGCUAAACAAACGAGAGGCGUAGGGAUUUGAUCAGAUGGAUCCAGACGCAGUGGCGAAGGCUUUCGUUGAACACUACUACACCACUUUCGAUGCGAAUCGUACGGGCCUCGCCAACCUUUACCAAGAAGGUUCGAUGUUAACUUUUGAAGGUCAAAAGAUCCAAGGCUCACCUAACAUCGUUGCCAAACUCACUAGCCUUCCUUUCCAGCAGUGCCAGCACUCCAUUACCACCGUCGAUUGCCAGCCAUCCGGUCCUGCCGGAGGCAUGCUCGUUUUCGUUUCUGGUAAUCUCCAGCUUGCUGGUGAACAGCACGCUCUUAAGUUCAGCCAGAUGUUCCAUUUGAUGCCAACACCCCAGGGAAGCUUUUAUGUGUUGAAUGACAUAUUCAGGUUGAACUAUGCAUGAAGAGUAGAUGGUUGAAGGGAAUAUAUGGCCGGUUGAAGGGAAUAUAUGGCCUGAAGGAUUGAAACAAGUUUGCUUUAAUUUUUAUUCAAUUUAAACAUUUAAAUGAAAACUUGGUUUUUUCUUGGUUGGUUCUGUUAAAUGUUUCCUUGUGCCUUUUUCGUGAACUUGUAUUGAGAAACAUCUUUGUUGUGAUGGUUGAGUUGGUGAAAGAUGCUUUCUUCUAAACUGAGUAUUGGAGGUUGAAGGCUUUCUAGUUGAUUUUAGAGGCUGUUCUUGAACAUGGUUACUUAGAAUGAAUCAAAAAAUCUGCAAUUGUCUAA